AUGGAAAGCAGAAAUUCAAGACUCUUCCAUAAGAUCAAGAGCGCCACAUCACAAGCACAGAAAGACCUGGCCAAGAAAGGAGAUGCUGCCGCGAUAAUAUGCGGCGACUUCAACGCCCAACAUCGAGAGCUCGGCUACACGACCACCACGUCCAAGGGAAGGGACCUUCUCGAAGACGCCGGCGAAGCCGAGUUCACGCUACUGACCAAUCCAGCCCACCCAUCAAGGAUCGGAACAUCGGUUGCCCGGGAUACAAAUCCGGAUCUCACCUUUGCGAUGCUGCCCGAAGGCGGCACCGCGAAGUGGAGGAAUACGGGAAUCAACCUAGGCAGCGAUCACUUCAUAAUCGAAAUCGAAUUACCGCUGGCUCAUCUCAACGGAGACCCGAACCGCGGCAAAACAUCAAAGCACAAGCUCGUCGACUGGAGCAAGUUCCGCAACACAGAACUCGGCGAAGUCGACAACAUCGACGAGUGGUCAGCGAAGCUGCUGGCCGCAACAGAUGGGGCCACAGAAGAGAUCGAGGCGCCCGAAGAAAUCGAAACCAUGGACCCGAGACUAGCCCAUCUCCUCGAAGCCAGGCGCUCGCUCCAAAAGCGUUGGCGGCGGCAAUGUCACAACAAAAAGCUACGAAAGAAGAUCGCAGAACUCGGCCGAGAGAUCGAGGGACACAGCAAGCAGCUCUGCUCACAGCAAUGGUUUGCACUCUGCAGCCAGGCCGAUGGGCAGCUUCACCGCGGCGGCACCUGGAAACUCCUCAGGCUACUGAUGGACGAGACCAAGAGCUGCGAAUACCACCGCACACGCAUGGCCCAAAUCCUACACACCACCGCUCGUCAACUGGGCGAAGAGGAGAUGUUCAAGCGACUCAACGAGCGCUACCUCCCCAUCACCAGUCGCGAAGACCACCCGGACUACGCCGGCCAGCCGAACCCCCACCUCGACCGAGAUAUAGAGGCAUGGGAAGUGCGGCUGGCGGCGCAGAACCUGAACUGUCGUUCGGCAGCCGGACCCGACAGAGUUACUAACAAAGCCCUACGCAACCUGAGCGACUCAGCCAUCACAUCGCUGACACGCUACUACAACGAAUGCUGGCGAGGCGGCAAACUGCCCAAGGCCUGGAAGACGGCAAAGACCAUCCUGCUGCCAAAGCCAAACAAGCCACCGGGUAUAGAGGGCCUGCGUCCCAUCUCGCUCACGUCCUGCGUGGGCAAAGUGCUGGAGCACGUCCUUAACACCCGGUGGAACCGCUACCUGGAGGCGCACAACAUCUACCCAGACUCGAUGCUUGGCUUCCGGGCCAAGUUGGGAACGCAAGACGCCAUGCUCCUGAUCCAACGAGAAGUCCUCGACCCACCGGGCGGGACUCCGAAGAACGACAACCGAGCGAUCUUGGGCCUGGACCUGCAGAGCGCCUUCGACAACGUCAGGCACUCGGCGGUCCUGGCUCAGGUGUCCCGCCUGGGGCUGGGCGCAAGAUCAUACAACUACACCAGAGCCUUCCUCUCUCGCCGCACGGCCAGGCUGGAGGUGGGAGGAACGAAGCUCGAAGAACGAGAGCUGGGCAGUGUCGGGACCCCACAGGGCUCGGUCAUCUCCCCGUUCCUGUUUAACAUCGUCAUGAUCGAGGUGGCCAAACGCCUGGAGGCGCUGGGCCCGGGGAUCCGACACUGCCUCUACGCCGACGACGUAACCAUCUGGGCCACGGGUGGAAGCGACGGAGACAUCGAAGCGGGCCUGCAGGCGGCGGUGGACGCCGUGGAGUCUGCGCUCUCGGGCACGGGCUUGCGGUGUUCGCCGCAAAAAUCACAGCUACUCAUCCUGCCACCACCUGGGAGGCACAGAAAGAAGGCAAGCCAAGAGGCAGCCGAGAACAUCAUCGUGCGCACCAGCGACGGUGUGCCGAUCCCGCACGUCCCGGGGCUCCGAGUCCUGGGGAUGUUCGUGGACGGCACCCAGACCAACGCCACGGCGAUCAAGAACAUCACAACCAAGAUGGGCAUCGCGGCGCGCCUGGUCAAGCGAGUAUCGUCCCGCUACCGGGGCAUGAACGAGAGGGGGCUCCUGCGUCUGCUGCAGGCUUUCGUUAUAAGCCACGCGGCAUAUGCGGGGGCCUUCCACCGCUGGACCGGCGCGGAACGAGCCAAGAUCGACGCCGCCAUCCGGAAGGCCUACGCGGGGGCUCUCGGGCUCCUACCAGGCACAAAGACAACAGCCUUGCUGUCUCUGGGAGCACACAACACGCUCUCGGAGAUCAGCGAGGCCCAGAGAGCUUCGCAGCUGAGCCGCCUGAGCAGCACAGCCGCGGGCAGAAGAUUACUCGAUCGGGUGGGAUUACUACCUCCCGGAGAACGCCCGGGAGCAGGACCGGACGGGGAGCCAGAAGAACAAGUCCCCCUGAGCGACGAGGCAGCGAGGAAGAUCAUCGUCUACCCGCUGCCAAAGAACACGAACCCGGAAAGGGAUGCGGGCAGGCGAGCGGCGAGAGCAGCGGCGCUGGCCCGGCAACAUCAGAGAGACGAGGGCGCAGUCUACGUGGACGCCGCAAGGUAUCCGGGAAGACGCAACGCCUUCGCAGCGGUGGUGGUCAGCGCUACUACCGGUAAACUACUAACGGCAUGCACCGUGCGCGCCCGAACAGCCGGCCAGGCAGAGGAGGCGGCGAUAGCCCUGGCCACAGGUUGGCCGGGCACGCGCACGGUGCUAAGCGACUGGAAGCAGGCAAUCAAGAGUUUUGCCCGAGGCGUGGUCUGGCGGGGCACGGGAGCGGCUAGGCCAACCAUCGCUCUCAAAUGGUUCCCAGCCCACAUGGGACGACAACUGGCUCCCGAUAUCGAGAACCGCAACGAGGAGGCGGACGCUGUGGCCCGUGAUCUCAUCACGUGCCGGACCGCGGCAGCCCGACCCCCCGAAACCAGCGGUGAAGAACGUGAAGACCUCGACCCCCUCACCGACUACGGAGGGAUCCUGGCGGCAUACAGAGAGGCCAGGAGAGCCUUUCCGCCCCCGCAUCAUGAACUAUCACGUGCGGAAGCAGUGCAGCUCCGACAAUUGCAAACAGAAUGCGUGCUAACGCCAGCAUUGGCCCGGCACGUAUGCCCCGACAUGUUUGUGGACGCAAAGUGUAGCGUGUGCGAACGUGAACUAGCCACCCUCCGCCACAUCAUGUGGGGCGGGUGUAACAGUGCUGUGCACAACGGGAACGGGCAGUGCCAGGACGCCACGUAUCCCAAAGAGGUGGGAGCUUGGAUACGCUCCGAAGACUCAACGACGCAACGAAGGCCCAUCCAGCGGCUUGAGGAGGCUCUGGCAAAGCAGAAGAGAAAGGGAGCCGACGCCCCGGACGACGGGAGCGGAGGAGCCCGAGUAUCCAAUGCCUAG